UUAAAACCGAUAUACAUUUUGAUUGACAGUGAAUGAAUCUCCAAAAAAAUAUAUUUGACGACCUCGACAAUUUACACUCAAAAUUAGACAUUCUCAUAAGAUAUUCCAAGAAUGAUUUCCGUUUGGCAAAUGUACUUACAUUUCGCACCGAGUUGAAGUUAUUUCAGGACUACUGCCAAAGAAUCCUGGGACAGAUUGAACUAUGGAUAAUAAACUUUUUGUACACCAGUAGUCCGUAUAAAGAAAUUAGUUUUUGGAUUGAAGACACCAGUGAUUUUGGAAACACUUUUAAGAGUUUCAUAAAGUCACUCGCUAUGUUGCAGAAUAUUAUUGAAUCAGCAUGCAAACUCAUUUCUACUACAAACAUAAGUAAUGUGACAUCAUUUGAUUGUGCGCGGCAGGAAAAAAUGUAUUCUUUUGAAAAUAUUCAAGAAAGAAUCAAUUCUCUACACUUAGAUUAUUUUUAUGAAAAGUCUAAAACUGAUGUGAUUAGUUCAAACAGAAGGCGAUUUUAUCUUCAGUAUACAAAGCUGAUAGAAACAUUGGAUUUGCACGAUAACUACAGUAGUUCUCCCAACUUGUUUUAUGGAAAUAAGAACACAACAAAAAACUCCAAAGUAGAUUUACAGUACGAUGGCUAUAUUUCUAAAAUGAAGUAUACAUUGUAUAUUGUUUGGAAUCUAUUCACUGAUUUUUACUGGUUUUUAUUGGGUUCGAAAUUGAUCAGUCUUAAUUCUGAUUUAAAGAAUAACAAUGAAAUAUACAAUAAAAAAGAUAUGAUAGUUAUUCAAGCUAAUCAUAAACAAAGAAUAUUCAACAAUUUAUUAGAUCAUCUAACAUGUUAUCAAUGUGUUGUAUUACUCAAAGAUAUUCAUUUAAAAUAUAUACCUUGUAAUUUAAUUACAUCUUAUAAUGUUAAUUAUGUGCAUCACAAUUUAAAUUUAAUGAGAAAUGAUGAGAAUAAUUAUAUAAGCAAAUUUAUUAUUACCAAUAAUACUGAAGCAUUUAGCAAACAUUCCGAAUGCCUUUGUUCAAUGUUUGUAAAAUUGGAUAAAAUAUUUAAGAGUUUGAAAAGUAAACAAUAUAACUGUAUGAUUGGUCUAAAUAUGGAUCCGACAGGUUUCUGUUCACCUGUAGAAAUGUAUACAACCGUUUUAAAUAUAACAAUCGGCAUUGAACAUGCAACACAUGCAAAGAGGCUCAGCAGUAAUAAAUGUCAUGAAAAAUAUUACAGUACAAGUCCAUGUCAUUUUAUUUCAUACUAUCGCAGUGAAUUAAUUAUAACUAUUCAAAGCAAAUCACACUUUUUGAAGUGUACUGGAAAGGAACUGGUUAAUUCAGCCAUCUCACAGGAUCAAAACGAAUUAAUUCAUAGUGAACAAAACCAACAAGUGAACAAUGGGUGUUCCUAUAGAACAUCUGCUUAUUUCAGUUGGUUUAGACAUCAUGUGAUUCCUCUCUCUUUGCUUGAUGAAACUAUUGCAUCCAUUAAUGAUGAUAAUGAUCUCAAUACAAGAAAGUGGGAUAUGUUUAUUAUCUGGCAAGGUCAACUAAAUACACCACAUAAUCAUGAUCAAAUAAAUUUUGAACAAUUAGAUAUUUCCUUUGAUCAUACAAACAAGUCUGUAUCUAUGGCAUCUUUCCAUAUGGAUCCUAAUAUCACUACUAAUACCUCACAAAUAGAUGAAGGUGAUACUUCUGUUGUUGCUUAUGAGGAUAAUGAAGAUGCUGAUAACACUGAAAAUGAUAUUACACAAAUGAAUGAUAAAUUUUCACCAGUCUCAACUAUUUCAAAUCUCCUACACAUUGACGAUAAUAAAUAUUAUGAAGAUUCAGCUUAUCAAACAUUGUAUGCUGAUGAUAAUAUCGAUCAUAUAAAAUGGGAAACACAAUCUAUUAUUGAUUCUCAUGAAACAUUUGGUAUUUUAUCAGAGGUAUCUUCUAUGCAGAUAAAACAAAUUCCAAUUGAUCAUGAUGCUCAGUCUUUACUGGAUUCUGACAAUACAGAUAAUAGUGUUGUUUGUAUGAAAACUAAUUUACCAAGAACUGAUAAAUGUGACGAUGUUAUUAAUAAUAAUAAUAACAAUAAUAAUAGUAAUAUUAAUGAUAAUAAUAAUGAGGAAUUGUCCAUCCUAUCAGAAGAACCUGAACUCCACCAUAAUGUUGAUUGUUGUAACUCAUCUCAGUCUGAUUACAAUGUAUUGGAUUCAAUAACAAGUUCCCUAUACAAUAUAAAUGAUACUAAUAGUAAUAUUAAUCACAUUAAUAAUAAUAAUAACAAUAUAAACGAAAUGGAUUCAAGAGAUAAUCACAUGGUGGAAUGUAAUAAUCAUCAUGAAUUAAUGAAUAAUGAAGAGUCACCAUUCAUACAAUUUAAUUUCAUUAAUUCAUCUCUUACUCAAUUGGAAAAUAGAUUAAGUCGUAUUUCACUGGAACUUGAAGAAAUGGAAACAAAUGAACAACUUAGUGAUGAAUAUAUCAAAGAAAUUGACAAUAUUUUCCAAUUAUUACUUUUGAUUAAGAAAGAUACUUCACAAAUUGAUUACAUAAUAUCAAGUUGGAAUAUGGACAGAUGUUUAUCAGAGAGUGAUGAUUAUGUAACUCCUAGUACUAUAACUAUUUUAUAUAAUGAGUAUACUGAUCUAUCACAGUUAACUGGAAAAGUAGAACCUACGUUAGAAAUGAGUCCAGAAGAGAAUUAUCAGGGUCAUAUUGCUACACGUUUAUCAACAUUGAAAUGUUUACGUGUUGAUUUGAUGAAACGCUGUGAUAUGUUAGUUGAACGCCUAGAGAAGCAAACAAGCAAUUCUGCAGUAAAUAUAAAUGAAGAACUUGAUUUUAUCAGUCAGAAUUUAGUUUCACUUGCUCAUAAACUUGACGAUCCUGACAAUAAUGACUCAUCAAAUGAUACUGGUCCGUCAACAAUUGCCAAUAAACUAGAGAAACGGAUUACCGAUUUACAAGAAAUUCAAAAAGAAUUCACAUAUAUUGAAGAGAAUUUACGAAGGUUAAAGUGUACACCAGCAACGGAUUCAUUAUCUUGCAAAUCUAUUGCCAAACUUGAUUGUAUUGAAAAUGAACUAAAUGACAUGCAAAUUAAUUUACGAAACCAGAUAAUAUAUUUGAAUAAUUUUCACAAACAAUACAGUAAUUUAACAACUGCUCUUCAAGAAGAAUUCAGUUGGAUGAAACAACAAGAGAAUGACUUAAAUCUAAACAAUAUACGGUCAGAAUCAAAUGGUCCACAAGCGAAUAAUAAUUAUGAUAAUAAUACUGGCCAUCUAGAACAAGAUAUCACUGUUUUAUAUAAUCUAAUUGUCAAAUUAUCACAAUAUUAUCACCAUAAACUUUUACCAAUGUUGGAAAAUUAUGAUAAAUUAAUGAGCGAUGGUGUUAGACCACCAGGAAUAAUUACAUCUAUAUACAAUGCUGAAGAUAAUGUAUACCUAUCAGUGAAUAUUUUUAAUUUAUGGGACAGAAUAACUAAAGAGUUAAUGCCAAGAAAAUUCCAUGAAUUGAUCACUAGAUCAUAUGAACAAAUAACUAGAAACUUAACAUCAACUUUUCAUUGUCUACCGACUUUACAAUCAUUUGAACUUUUAUUUCCAAAUGGUAAUUUACCCAACUCGAAUUCUCUUCAUUGUCACGUAAAUAUCAUUUCAGAUCAUAUCAAUAUUAUUCAAGGUGAAAUUGACUGGUUGCAUAAAUAUAUUGAACCGAUCAUUAUGAAUGAAGAUCGACUUAAUUUAUUCACAGAUACUAUUGUUAAUACUACUGAUACUACUAAUAUUACUAAUAAUGAUAAUAAUAUUGGCAUCAGUGAUCAAAUUGUAAAAUUCUAUGAAGUUAAUCAACAUCUAACACAAUUACUUAGUUAUUUUACACAAAUUUAUCAACAUUUAUCUGUUUUCUACUUACCGACUAUGGACAGAUAUCAUCAGACAAUUGAUCAUGCAUUGACUUAUAUUAAUACUACUCAACAUCAAGUAGAAUUACUCCGAGAACUGGCAAUAUCAAUCAAGAUUAGUGACAAGGAUGAUAAGGAGGAUUGUGAAAGUACUAAUUACGACGAUGAACAAAAUGAGAAUGUAGAAUGUGCUCUAAUUACUUAUGAAAAGUUAGAAAAUCUAUGUACUGGAAAAGAACAGUGUUUGGAACUAUUGGAAAAUGUUCAAAAUAACCAUCGAACUUUUAUUGAUGAACUUGUAAAUAUGGUCAAACAAAUUCAAAUUUCAAUUAAUGAAGUGAUAAAAUCCACUGAGAACAGUCAAGAUUAUCCAAAGACGACGUCAGCAACAACAAUACCAGUCAACGCAAUAACAGCCGGUACUUAUUUGUCAAAACUACUGGAUCCUAUUGAAUCAACAUCACAAAGAUUUGUGUAUUUUAUUUCAGAAAUUCAAAAGAUAAUCUCUGAAUAUGAUCAGUUGAUUAUUCAUACAAGUACAAGACAAAAGUCAAUGCCUCAAGAAUUAUCUGUAAGUGAGAAUACACUGGAUACAUUAGAUAUACAGGAUUCGGAAUUGUUUCAGGACGCUUUUAUACCAUCAGUUAAUAAUUAUCAACACCAUUUUAAUGUAUUCGACAAACAAUAUGAAGAAUUAUUAAAUGAAUCUUUGACAAAUUCUUGGUCAGUUGUUCGUGAUCAUUCCCAUUUGAAUGAUGAGAAUCAAUUGAUGAAUGGACAAACAUUACUAGUCAAUAAUUUAUCUCAAACAAUGAUUCACAGUUGUGAUUCAAAUGAAAGACGUAAUACAGAAGUAGUAAUUCUGAACAAUAUCUUAAAAAAAAUAGAUAGUUUAGAAAAUAAUCUUAAAUUAUCCUGUUGUAAUAUAAUGAAUGAUGACCUGGUAAAGAAUAGAAUGAGUCAAGUGAGCGAAUUACGGUCUGAUGUAAUUGACAAAUUAAAUCAAACAAUUAAGGAAAUUGAACUAGUGCGAAUGAGCAGUCAACAAAUAGAAUAUGCUCAAGCGAAGUUGAAUGCUAUAAAAUCUACAUUUAAACAAUCAAGUGAUUUAUUUCAACAUACCGUAAUCUUUCAAAACGAGGCUGAAUUGGUAACGAAUAUAUUUGAAACAUAUGGUGAUUUAAUUAAAAAACGAUUAUCUGAAACAAAUCAAGUAAUUGACAAGCUUCAAGAAUUAACUGAUGAAACAAAUUCUACUAAUCCAGGUCGUUAUUUACUACAGAAUUUUAACUUUGAUGACGAAAAUGACAUAUUUCCAUUUGAAAUUACGCAUAUCGAAAAUAACCAAUUGGUAGAUUCAUUAAAUUCUGAACAAAAUAACAUAUCUCUAACAUAUUUUAAUAUUCCUUUAUGGUAUGAACAAACUAAGGUAAAUGAUGAAGUGAUCAAUUUUCUGGAACAUAUAAAAAAUCAACGUGAACAACUAUUAUUUAGUUAUGAAUUAUCACAACGUCUUGCUAUAUGGUUAUCAGUAAUACAUCCUAGAAUGACCAAAUUGAAAGUGAAAUUUCAACACUUAAGUGUUAAGUCAGCUAAUUUAAGUGGCAAUAAUGAUCUGUGCUCACAUUUACAUGAUGUAACCCUGUAUAGACUUGAACUUUUCUCUCAGCUACCAAUGUUUCAGUGCAUCCUCAAUGACGUCAAUGAAUUCAAAGAUGUAAUAUUCCAUUUAAGUGAAGACUAUACAUCAGACAAUGAAAUCGAUCGUAUUGAACAAACAUUUUUCGCCUGUUUCAAUAAAUGUAAACAUGAAACUUCAUUAAAUAGAUCAAUCAUUCAUUACACUGAACAGAAAAUAAUGACAAUUAUAAAUGAUUUUAAUAACUUUCUUACAGAAUCAUCUGUUUAUCUAUCAGCUAUAAGAAAUCGACUCAUUGAAACAAAUCAGAUUUCAACAGUUCUAAAUGAAUUGUCAAAUUUGCUAGAUGAAUUCAGUUGUUUAGAUGAGAGAUUUGUAAAAGAUUGUAUGAUAGACGAAGAAGAAUUUCCUGUUCAUUGUACAGAAAACAAUUUAUCCCUUGUAAAAAACGUAUAUUUAAAUAACUGGACGAAAGUAAAAAUUCUAGAGAUGUGGCAUAAUGAAUUAAAAUCUAUACAAACUCUACUUAAAACUAUUUCAAAUGAUCAUUGCUUCGAUACUGUUACUGCUAAUAAUAAUAAUAAUAAUAAUAAUAAUAAUAAUAAUAAUAAUAAUAAUAAUAAUAAUAAUAAUAAUGAUAAUAAUAAUAAUGAUAAUACUGACAAAAUGAAGAUCGAGAAUGAUGUAAAACAAUUGAAACUGAAAAUUGAACAACAAUCUUACCAUUUAACAAAAAAGAAAACUGAACUGACCAAUAAAAUAAAUCAGGAAAACAAACUACAAUCUUCGAUUACUGCUUAUUCUGUUUGGUUAAGUCAACUGAAUGAUAAGUUAAUAAAACUUGCUAAACCAAAUAAUUUAACGUUGGAUACAGUGAACAGUACAUGGAAAGAAUUUAAGGAUUGGAACUUAAAAUCACUAAAUGAAAGUAAAUUACGUAUCAAUAAUUUAAUAAAACAAUUACCUAAUUCAAUAUUCAAUGAUAUUUUUAAACAAGACAAAACUUUAUUCACAAAUAUUGAAGAUUACAUUUUCAAUAAUAUGAAUAUAUUCAAUGAAUUAUAUCAUCAAAAUUCAUUAUUAUUAUUAUUAUCAUCAUCAUUAAGAAACAAUAACAAGAUUAAAUCUCAUCUGGAACUAAAUAUUCUACGUAUAUUAAGACAAUAUAUAAAAUUUCAAUUACAAAGUAUAGAAUCAAUGAAAUUAUGGAAAGUUCAUUUGAAAUUUAUCAAAUACUUUAUAAUAAAUAGAAAACAAUUACAAUUAUUAUUGAAUGAAAUUCGUGGUAAUUUAUCAAAACUUUAUAGACCAUCAAAAUUAGUUGGAUGUUGUACAGAACAAUUAAAUAGUGUAAAGAAUGCUAUUCACCAACUGAAAACACAUGAAAGAUUAGCAAUUAAUCUUUAUAAUUCUCUACCAUUAAUCAAAUCUCUAUGUCAUCCUAUAGAAGUAUCACAAACAGUAGCUACUAUUAAUACAAUGAAACACAAUUUUACAAGUCUCAUGCGUCGAGCAAUAGAACGGCGAAAAAUUCUUACUCAAGCAUUGAAAGAAGAUACUAAGUUUGAUGUAGCGUAUUAUAGUUUAUUAAAUUGGUUCUUAACCAAACUGGAGAUACUCGAGGCCUUUGAAACACGUACAGUAUAUGAUGAAAACAGUCAGUUGUUACUUAAAACUUUGCAUAGAGAAUUUCAUGAACAACAAUCGGAUUAUCAUUUAGUGAUGAGAAUGGGUAGUAAUCUACGUGAACGUUGUACAUGUACAGAUCCAGAAAAGAAUAUUCUAAAUGAGAUGCUUGAAAAACUUCAACUUGUCAAAGGAAAUUAUGGGAAACGUCUGUCGAAAUGUCAAAUUCAACUUAGUGAAAUGUUAAUUACAAAACGGAAUCCUAAAUCCGCUCUAUCUCGCUUAAAUGAAUGGUUACAAAUGAUCGAAGAACAUUUAGGCAUUGAAAAUACUCUUAACAUUAAACAUACUACUAAUACUUGUACCACUACUGUCAGUAGUUCUAUUAAACCAUUAGAAAAUGAUCAAAGUGAAGCCGACAAUUCAAGUCACUUAUUAUCCACUAAUGUUACAGGAUUGUUCGAUAAUUUAGCUGAUCCAGCUCAGUACACGAUGACUACUUUCAACCCUAAAGAGUAUGAAAACAUUGCUUCUGUUUUGGGUGAUAUAAUUUUCGUUCAAUCACUAAAUUCAAAUCAUUUGAUCUUAGCUGAAGAUUUACGAGAACAUGAAAAAUUAUAUCAGAUACUUGUAAAAAAUGAUCACAACAAUAAUGAUGAGUUCAAUAAACUUACACAUCGUUUUAUACGAUUAAAACAAGCGUUCAAUCUACGUGAAAAAUGUCUUCAAAUCGCUGCCGAUGCUGCCUUAGAACUAAAUAAAAACUAUUCGAAUUUAAUUAGUUGGUUAUUAGAAGUAACCAAUAAAUUGAAUAAUAACGAAAUUGAACUUGCUUACGUUACUAAAAAUAAGGAAACUGUCUUACAAAAACAAACAUUGUUUUUCCACUCCACUGAUGAAUACAAGAUUAGAUUGAACAUGUACGCAAAAAUACAUCAUCAACAAAUCCACAUAUAUCGACCAAUAUUCAAUCAUUUUGAAAAUGUAUUAAAACGUGUACUUGCUAAGCCACAAGUAGAUAAACAUGAAGAACAGAAUGUUUCUGUUUACUGUUACUCUAAAUGUCGAAGGCAAUUCAUUAUUCAAUAUAAACAAAUUGUGAAUUUAUGGCAUAAACUCGAUCAAAGUUUACAAUGUUUGCGAUUUCAAUUAUUGUCACAACAACAAUCGGAACAUGCACUCAUCCAUGAUUUAAUUGAAUUCGAAUGUGAAGAACAAUGGGUUGAUGAACAAACACUUCAACUGAAUGAAUUAUUGACAAUAGAUGAAACGAUUUUCCAAAAUCUAUCUAAACAAAUAAUCCCAAUUGACUUGAUUGGGUCGACUGUGGAACAAGAUACUCAAGUAUUGGCGAAUAUUAAUUGUAGUAAUAGUAGUAAUAGUUUAGUUUUGGAUUCAGAAUGUGAUCAUGUAAUUCAUAAUACAAGUAGUUAUGAAUUGAAAGAAUGCGUUUCUAACUCGGUAAAUCAUGAUGAUCAUGAAGAAGAUGAUAAUGUUGCGGAUGACCAUGACUGUGUUAUUGAUGGUUCAGUUGAUGAGGGAAUAUGUAAAGAUUUAGAAGUGCGAAUCACUUUUGCAAAAGAAAACUUUGAAGCCAUAAAAAAUAGAGAACAGAAAAUUUGUGAUUGUAUAAAUGCUUAUCGGAACCUUUGUGAAAUUAUUACUGAUAAUGGAAACAGUAGUAUAAAUAAUCUCCCUUCUAUUGAUGUUACUGAACAAUAUUCACCAAAAAAGGAAUUGGUCAAUGAAAAUUAUCAUAAUGAUUAUUCUUACGAAUCUUUUACUACCGAUUCUGAUCAGGAUAAUUGUGAUAGGGCAAACAAAUUGAAAACUUCUUAUUACAAUCUAUUGAAUCGGUCUAGUCAACGAAUUAAACAAUUGGAAUGCUAUCAUAAAAAAUUACUUGAGCACAAUCUUUUAGUUCAUUUCAAUUUCGACCUGUGGAAGCAGGGGUACUUACAGUGGAUUGCAAGUCGUCAUUAUCGACUAAGCGACAUAUUUAACCCUAAAGUCUUAUCGACAUUACGAACUGACAGACAGCUAUCAAACAUAUCCACCAAUAUAGAUGAAGUGAAUUCUGAUUUAUUCAAAUGUCCAACACGAUUAUCUAAUGUAUCUAAGAAUUCCCAGUCAGUUUAUACUUCGUCUAAUAAUAUCAAACCCCAAUUAUCUAACAGUCGUUCAUCACUCAUCCGAUCGAGUAUCGAAUCAUUACAACCGCUCUCUGAUAACAAACAUAAACAAAAUGUCAGUCAUAAACCAGAUGAAGUAAACUGUUCACAAUUUAUACAAGCAGUUCUACAUGGUAGACCAACACAUGAUUGGGCAAAUCCUAUUUUCAUCAAAUCUGCAUUUUAUACAAUUGACCAAGCAAAAAAAGGCAUAGUUACAUGUCAUCAGAUUAUUGAAGCAUUAAGUCCAAAAAAACAGCAUAAACCUCUACCAACCGAUAAAUUAAUUGAACAUGCAAUAGAACAAGAAACUAGUAAAUGUAUUUGUCAACCGAAAUUUCAACCGAGAAAAAUUGGAAAGGAUCGAUAUUGUUUUGGAUCCAGUUCACGAGUUUAUUUGGUUCGCUUCUUGAAUAGUACAACGAUUGUGCGAGUAGGAGGUGGAUGGAUGAGUUUAAAUGAAUUCUUGGAUUCACGUGAUCCAUGCAGAAUUACCCAUAAAACAAGUCAUUUUGGUAUUACACCUAUAAAGGCUAAUCUAAUGAAUACAAAUUCCAUAUCAAAACGUGAAAGUAAUUUAGGAUUAAUUAAUGUAACUCCAAUUAAUAAAUCACGUCUUACUACAUUAAACAAUAUGAACUCUAAAGAACAAAGAUCAUUUGUAUCAACUCCUUUAACAAAUAAGGAUUGUGACAUGAAAUCACUGAAUUCAUCAUAUGAGAAUGAAGCAUCAAUCCAUAAUAACUCUUCAUUACUAAAACAAACUGUUCCAACGAAAACUACCAACUUCAACAGGGCUACUACUACACGAACAAGUACUAUUAAGAAGAUAAACAAAUGAUCAUCUGUAAAUUGAAUUCGAACUCACUAAUCCAUCCCUGUGAACAAACAUUUUUUUUGUUUUGUUUUGCAUUUCUUUUUUUUCUCGAUUUUCAUAAAUGGAUUACAUAACAACAUUUGUUUGCUUAAUUAUUCAGCAUACUGUUGUUGUUGUUGUUGGGUUUUUUUAAUUUUUGCAUAAACAAUUUUAUAAUAGUCCUUCAUGUUUACCCCGGUUUGUUUAUAUCAAUUAUUCCGAUCUAAUAAGCUAAGAUCAUUGUUGUUUUUUUUAAUUUUUAAUUGAUCACUAAUCGUUUUGAUGUUCCUUCUCAUGAUUUGAUGUUCUGGAAGUUUUGAAUGGUUUAAAAUGUGUUACUUUGCAACUUGCUAGCAAACUAUGAACGGUUCAACAGUUUGAUAAAAUCAUUUUACUAGUGUUUACAUUCGUCUCCUUUUUUUUAAAAAUAAAAAUGUUUUCUAUAUCAUUCCAUAAAGGUUUAUUUUGUAUAAUGCAGAAACUCAUCAAUUUGCAUGAACCUUUUAUACAUGCACCUCGACAACAAUCAUUUGCAUGAAUACAUGGACUAUUAGCUUGUGCACAUUGAACACAUUUGCCAGUAGCAGAACUUUUACGAUUACAUACCCAAUCUCUUCCACAGCAUGGACGAAAUACUGUACAUACUGUUUCAGGUUCUGAACAAAAUGAUAAAAUUCCACCUGUUAAAUGAGAGAAAAAAAGUGCCAUAAAAAUAUCUUUUAACAUGUAUAUUAUAAAACUAAGCUACGAUUUAAAUUUUGAUCAAUACCAUUAACAGAAAAAAAUACAUGGCAGAAACGUUUAUACAUUGAAAAGUCAACUUGACUUUACUCCUAGUGUAGUGAACAAGAACACGAGUGGGGAUCAACCGAAUGUAUUUGAGCGCGAAAUUACAAAAUAUCUCACUAAAAUCUAAGAACCAUAUAAUGUCUCAAACUUGACUGUUCCUUUUGAAAAUCUCAAUCCAUUGUCUCAGUUUUCACUGUUUGUGCAUUUUCAUAUCGAUCGCUUUCCAUUCCCGUUGUUUCCUUAUCGAUCUUUUACUGGAAUACAUUCUAUUCCUGACUAUCGUUAUAUUCUACUUAUGUGAAUGCAAGUAGCUGACACCACACCAGUAGUGUUUAGGUUAAACACAUUUUUGGAUUCUUUCAAGAUGAGAUUUGAAAUUUCCCUUUAC